UUUUUUGGAAGAAGGUUUGGAUUUAGCAAGCUGGUUGCUAGCUAAGCUAACCGUGCUAACAGCCUGGCGUUAGCUAGCUUGAAGUCGUGUGUGAUUUUAAACACGCAGGCUUGUUUGUCAACAUUAAGCUGACGUUAAAUUGCUAGCGAGCCAGCUAACCUGCAACUUUUGCCCUGUUUCCGAGCUACCGUGGGCGGGUUUGUGUGAUGAGCACCACAGCUGACCGCAAAAAUCUCAAAUCUAAAAUCCUAAACUGCGGUUUGCAUUGGAAUUAAUCAUCCAGCGUGACAAUUUGCAGCAGGACCUCUCUGACGGGAUCAUUAUUUACAAGUUAAACGGACGACAACACAGUCUGAGGCCUGCAGGCUUCGCUCUGCACCUGGGAUGGUGCCAUGUGACCGAGCGGCCGUGGAGCCUUAACCCCACCACAUCCCGCCCCACCAUCUCCACUCUAAGCCGUUGGCCACCGCUGAUCUCAGUCCCAGCGCCUCCUGCUUCCCUUUAUCUUUGCUCUGAGCCUUGGACGAGGCCACCGCAGCAACCACAUGACUCACCCACUGGAGCCCUAGAUCAAGUCGGUCGAAGCUGAAAAUGAGUGCAGUAGGGGAAAGCCCCCUGGACCCUGCCACGCCAGAGUCACGCAAGAGGAAGGGCUCGCCAUGCGACACAUCAGGGCAAAGUUUGGAGAAGCGGAGACGGGAGCUGGAGUGCCGCUACAUCGAGGAGCUGGCCGAGCUGCUAUCGUCCAACAUGGGCGACAUCGCCAGCCUCAGCGUCAAGCCUGACAAGUGCCACAUCCUCAAGAGCACCGUGGACCAAAUCCAGCAGAUCAAACGGCGUGAGCAGGAGAAAGCAGCUCUUCUGUCUCCAGAUGACGAGGUGCAGAAGAGCGACAUCUCCUCCAGUAGCCAGGGGCUGGUGGAGAAGGAGGCACUGGGGCCCAUGCUGCUAGAGGCCCUUGACGGGUUUUUCUUUGUUGUCAACCGUGAGGGCCGCAUCAUUUUUGUCUCUGAAAACGUGACGAGUUACCUUGGAUACACUCAGGAGGAGCUGAUGCCUUCCAGUGUCUACAGCAUCCUUCAUGUCGGAGACCACAAUGAAUUCGUACGCAAUCUGCUGCCCAAAAGCCUGGUAAACGGUGUGCCGUGGCCACAGGAAUCUGGCCGAAGAAACAGCCACACCUUUAACUGUCGCAUGCUGAAAAGGCCGCCCGACGAGGUGGAUUCGGAGAACCUGGAGGCUCGGCAGCAGUAUGAGAUCAUGCAGUGCUUCACUGUGUCUCAGCCACGGGCCAUACAGGAGGAAGGAGACGACCUGCAGAGCUGCCUGAUCUGUAUUGCCUGCAGGGUGCCUCGAACACAGCCUGUCAGCACUGAGUCUUUCAUCACCAAGCAGGAUCCCACAGGGAAGAUCAUCUCCAUAGAAACUAGUGCUUUGCGAGCGACAGGCCGGCCGGGCUGGGAGGACCUGGUCAGAAAGUGCAUCUACGCUUUCUUUCAGCCGCAGGGCAAAGAGCCCUCCCACGCCAAGAAGCUGCUGCAUGAGGUGAUGACCCACGGCACCGCUGUCAGUCCGCUGUACCAUUUCACGUUAAGUGAUGGCACCCCGCUCAGUGCUCAGACCCGCUGCAAGUUCUGCUGCCCCCCCAACCCUGACGUACAGCCCUUCAUUAUGGGCAUUCACACUAUUGACAGGGAACACAACACUGCUAGCUCUCAGGAAAACACUAACCCCAGCCUUCCACUGACCCAAGGCAGCCUUGCCCAGACUCCCUCCCGCUCCCCUGCCCUCCUCUCCAGCAGUAACUCAACCCCAGGCUCAGGCCUCACCACUUCGGGCCUUCACCCCAACAACAGCAAUGCCUCCUCCCACGGACACAGCCCGGCCACGCCCACAGGCUACCUUACGCCCAAUCGGACGUGUCCCCAGCAGGUCAACAGCCCCUCUCCUUUGAGCAGCCCACUCACAGCCACCCCUACCUCUUUUAUGUCACCCAGGAUGCCGCGGGCCAGUCCUGGGUUGGGGGGGAGCCCUCGGGUCCCGGGGAACCCCUUCUCACCUUCCACGCCAGGCCUCCAUUCUCCGGCCGGGGCUCUGAGCAGCGGGGGCAGCCUCAACAGGCAGCAGUCCGGUGGGGACGGCGGGUCGACGGGGUCCUUCUCCCUGUCGUCUCCUGUCAAUCAGAGACAAGCCAGUACGCCCACCGGCUCCUCCGCUCGGCCCCCAUCAGCGAAACCCUCAGACGGAGCAGACGGAGGAGGAGAGGACUCUGUUAAAGCCCCCCUCCCUUCUGCCUCCCAGCUGGGAAACCCCCGGCUCAACCAGCUCCUGGACAGCAACGGGACAGGAGCCGAGUCCAACAACAUCCACUGCACCUCAUCACCUCAUCCCAACCCCCCUCCGGCCCCCCAGUGCCCGGCCUCGCACAGUACACUAACGGAGCGGCAUAAGAUCCUCCACCGGCUGCUUCAGGACAGCAGCCCCAACGACGCCUCCACCGCCAACGACGAAGGAACCAACAAAAACGAAGUCGAGAUCAAGAAGGAGCCGCCGGCCAGUCCAGCACUGGCCACGGCUCCUUCCAAGUCCAGCUCCAAGGAGCCGCAGGACCACCAACUACUGCGCUUUCUCCUGGACACAGACGAGAAGGACUUGGGAGACUUGCCUCCUCCAUCUGCCCUCAGUCUACAGACGGUCAGAGUGAAGGUGGAGAAAAGAGCGAGUACCGAGUCCACUUCCUGUACGGGCUCGACCGCCGCCGCAGCAGGAAGUACACCCAAACCUGCAGGAGCGUCCAGCACCACGGCCUGCAUCAGCCCCAAGGCCAGUCCUGUCGGGGAGAACCGCCGAGACAGCCGGAAGGACAGCAGAGACUCCACGAUGUCUGGUGGACCUGUUGACAUGGACCCCCUCACCCAGCUGCUGCCUGGCCUCAGAGGCCCCGCCGGGGCCAAGCAGGGCGGCGAGGAUUCAACAACCCCUGGAGGAGGCCCCCAGCUUCAGUCUCCGCCCCCCCAGCCUCAGGCCCAGCUCCAGUCCCCCAUGCCUCAGCUCCAGUCCCCCCUGUCCCAGCCCCAGUCCUUCCCCAGUUACCAGUCGCCUUCGCCCCAGCUCCACUCCCUCUCCCCCCAGCUCAAACUGCAGUCCCCCACUCAGCUCCAGCCCGGAGAGGUCAGCACUCCCCGCAACGUAAAUGUGAAGAGAGAGCCUCCCGGCACUCCGAACAGAGGGCUCAGCGAUGGCGGCCCCCCCUCUGGUUGCAGCCUCCAGAGUCAGUCGUCUUUCGAUUUCUGCAGUCCCCCCACUCCGAAUCAGACACAGGGACAGGGAGACCCCUUCCAGACCCCCAAAGACAGCAGCCCUUUUCCAGAGGCAGAAGUCAUCAACCCGUUCAGCUCAAGCACUGGUUUAACCAAGAUGGAUGUGGCAGACUCUCAGUUUCAGCCUCUGGCUCUGUCUGACACCCUGCCCUUUGAUGUUCUUGGAAACCCUUUACAAGCUCCCCUGGCAUCACCACAAGAGCAGUGCGUGCCCUGUACACUGGAUGAGGUGCUCGGCCCUCCGACCACACCUGAAGCCCGAAACGACGAGAAGGCUCUGUUAGAGCAGCUGGUCUCCUUCCUCAGUGGGACAGACGAGAGUGAACUGGCUGAGCUGGACAAAGCCCUGGGUAUCGACAAACUAGUACAGGGUGGCUGUUUUGACCCUUUGCCCCAGAAUUUCCCUGCCCAGCAACCCACUGCCACCCCAGUGUCAUUGGACCCUAAACUCCCCACCUACCCGUCUCAGUUCACACCAGCUCCACAGGCUCAGUUUCCUCCGGAGCUGGCCACGGUGGGGCCUCAGGGUCUGGGCUUCGGAGCCCUCGAGGGGCUUUUCCAGGGGACGGCCAACCUGGGUCUGAGGCCGGGGAUGACCAGACCUCAGGGGAUGGGCCCUCAGCUCCGGCUGCCCCACCAGCUCCGACUGCAGCUGCAGCAGAGAGUCCAGGGUCCACAGCAGCUCCAGAACAGGAUGGCAGGAAUGAAUCCAUUUCCCGGAGGAGCCCAACAUGUUAACAUCGGGAUUCGUCAAGGAGUUCAACAGCCUCAAAUGGCUUCACAACAGCCUCCACUGAAUGCCCAGAUGUUGGCCCAACGUCAGAGGGAACUCUACAGCAUCCAGCACCGCCAGCGCCAGCUUUUCCAACAGAAGGUCAUGCUGAUGAGACAGAACAUGGCAGCCGCUCCCGCAGGAGCCGUGGGGUCCAUCGGGACCGCCAGGGUCCCGAAGGGUCCCCCCACCACACCCCAGCAGCAGCAGCAACAGCAGCAGCAGCAGCAACAACAGCAGUUCAACUUCCCACCAGGGUACAGCCCGAUGACGGGAAACCCCCCUACCUCACCGAGUCACUUCAGCCCCAUGUCGACGGGCCCUCUGGACAACAAACUGUCCGCACGAGUUCCCCUGAACAACCAGACGCUGAUGGGUGGCGUGCAAGGCCAGUUCAACAGCAACGUGAACGCCUCGCUGCAGCAGGGCCUGUUCCAGCAGUUUGGAGGGUCUGCUAUAGUCCAGCAAGACCCAUCGUUCCCUCCUGAGAUGAGCCCCACCAGCCCCUUAUUGUCACCUCAAAACUCCACCUCCCAGAGUCCUCUGCUUCAGCAAGUCCCACCUCCUGGCUACCAGUCACCAGACAUGAAGAGCUGGCAACAGACGGGCAUGGGCAGCAACAGCCUGUUCAGUCAGUCAGGCCAGAGUGCAGGGCAGGCUUUUGGCCAGCAGGGGGUUUACAACAACAUGAGCAUCACCGUCUCCAUGGCCGGAGGUUCGGGGGGCGUCGCCUCCAUACCCCCCAUAGGGCAGCCCGUCGGCAUGAGCAACAGUAACCUCAGCAAUGUCGGUUCAGUGUGCAGUGACCAGCAGGUGCAGCAGGUUCAGGUGUUUGCGGACGUCCAGUGUACAGUAAACCUGGUGGGCAGUGACUCCUACCUGAACCAGGGCUCCAUCGGAGGCGGGACGUCCCAGAAGGGCCCCGGACCCCAGGGCCCAAACAACCAGGCCCAGCAGAAGAGCCUCCUCCAGCAGCUGCUCACCGAGUGACCCCCCCCCCCUCCCACCCCCGCCCCUUCUGCUCUCCUACGCCCUCUACUUGUCACUUCUACGCCUCCUCCUCCUCCUCGGAGGUCGGUGCACCGGACCCA